GCUCCUCGCUGGGUGCGCGGCUGGCCGGCUGCUCCCCCUCCCUAGGCGCCCCUCACUGGUAGAGUGGUAGACUGGUAGGUCCUCCUCCCCUGCUUUCUCUCAGGUGUCAACACCCAAAAAUGAUGUUCCUCCUCCCCUGCUUUCCCUGGUUUUAGACUUUCAGGUUUUUGUCAAGUGUGAACUGUCAAGAAGUAGAACUCAAGACUGCAGCGAGUAGCGAGUAGCGACAACAUAAUGUCUUCUCCAAAUGAAGCUCCAUCUUCUGAAGAGCGAUCCUACCCGGAAGCCACGGAAGUCUACUGAUCCAGGGUGGAAGUAUGGAUUUUGGCCAGAUCUUCAAAAUAAAGAUAGAGUGGAAUGCACCCUAUGUGGUCAGGUUGUUAGUGGAGGGAUAAAGAGGUUAAAGCAACAUUUGGCAAGGGCGUAUGGAGAUGCAAAGUUAUGUCCCAAGGCUAGCAAUGGAUUAAGGAAGGAGAUGACAAGUUAUUUGGAGGCAAACAAGAGAAAAAGAUCAAUGUUUCUACAUGAUGCAUACAUGCUUGCUGAUUUGCUAGAGAAAAAAGUUGAUGAGAUUGGGAGAGACAAGGUUGUACAAGUUGUUACUGAUAAUGGUGCCAAUUACAAAGCUACAAGCAAGCUUCUAAUGGAGAGGAUUCCUACAUUAUUUUGGAGUCCAUGUGCUGCACAUUGCUUGGAUCUAAUGUUAGAGGACAUAGGAAACUUGAAGGAAUUCAAGAAACCAAUUGCACGUGCAAGGCGUGUGACAACUUUCAUAUACAGACAUGGGAGAAUCCUUGCUGCCAUGAGAGAGAAAACUGGUGGGGUUGAUCUUGUGAGGCCUGCUGCCACUCGUUUUGCCACUUCCUUUCUCACAUUGAAGAGCUUGUACAAGCACAACAAGCACAAGGAUGCUUUGAAGGCUUUAUUUGCAAGCACAAUUUGGACUGAUAACAGAUUGUCAAAGACUAGUGCUGGAUUGGAUGUGUAUAACAUUGACUUCUCCACACAGUUUUGGAAUUCAGUAGAAGAUUGCCUUAGAGCUUCAGGGCCACUACUUAUUGUACUUAGGGUGGUAGAUGGAGAUGAGAGGCCAGCUAUGCCAGAGGUCCAAGCAUUGAUGAAAUGUGUAAAGGAAAAGAUCAAUCAAAGCUUUGUUGUCCAAAGCAAGAAGAGUUUACUCAAGAAAAUCAUAACUAUAAUUGAACGACAUUGGGAGAAACAAAUGGAUCACCCAUUGUAUGGGGCUGCAAUGUAUUUGAACCCAGGAAAGCUGCAUCCUCUCAUAAGAAAUGAUGAUGAUGCUACUGUUGGUCAGCUAAGAGGUUGCUUUCUUGAUGUGCUUGCAAGAAUGGUAGAUGAUGAGGAAACUAGAGACAAGAUCAAUUCUCAAUCAAUGGAUUACGAGUUUCUUAUAGGACCAGCUUUUUCAAAUAAGAUGGCCGAAGAUAACCUACAAACUAUGACCCCACUUGAGUGGUGGCGUUCGUAUGGUGGUCGUGCUAUUGAGUUACAGAGAUUUGCUAGACGUUUGGCGAGUCUUUGUGUGUCUUCAUCAGGUUGUGAACGCAAUUGGAGUACCUUUGAAUUUAUCCAUACAAAGAAAAGAAAUCGAUUGUUGCAUAAGAGGUUGAAUUCUAUUGUCUUCAUUUCCUACAACCGAAAGAUGAAAGCUAGGUUCCAAAAACUACGCCAGAAGAAGGGGAAAAACUUUGAUCCAUUGGUUCAUGAGGACUUCAACUGGGAUAAUGAGUGGACUGAUUCUUUGCAUGUAGUCCCUGAAGGUGGGCGUGGGUGUGAGUGUGACCUUACAUGGGACCUUGUGGAUAAUGCCAUUGGAGCAUCACAAGCACUCCGUGGCCGAAACUUACCAAGAAGAGCCCAUAAUGUGUAUUCAAGAAGAAAUUCUGUUGCUGCACAAAAUAUGUCAGAGGCUGAAGAGGAAGAUGAAGAUGAAGAAGAUGUUCCACAUGAUGAUGCAGAAAUCACAGAUUGUGAAGAUGAAUUUAAUGGUGGCAAUGAUGGUGAAGAAGGGGAGGCACCCAAUAUCCCAGGAGAGUUUGAUGAUGAUUUUUGAGCGACGGGAGAGUAGCUAUUGCUAGAUUGCAUUAGCAAUUUAGCAUAUUUGCUGCAUUACUAACUGCAGCUAGUUACUAUUAAUUAUGCCAUUACAAACUAUCUAUGUGGCUAUUUCAGAUUUGGUAUUGUGCUGUUUUAAAUUUUGUGACUUGCUAUUGUUCCUUUAGAAACUACUUUGUGGCUAUUUCAGAUCCACUAUUGUGCUAUUGUGAAUUUGUGAUGAUUUCUAGUUUA